CUUAUAGGUUAGUAAUAUCUACUUUAAAAUUGAUUGUGAUGUCUCAUGGUUAAUUUAGGGAAAUCCCCAACCGUCUCUAUAUAUACGGCCGUGUGUUGUCUUCUAGGGACAAAGUGAUAUCUAUCGCUAGCACUAGCAUUUAAUCUGUACGUUGAAACCAUGAAGUUUGCCAUUCUCUUUACGAUUCUGAUAAUAAUUUCCGAAGCCAAGUCAGAUUCCUUGUUAACUGGUACUUAUAAUCCGAACUCUACUCUACGUGAUGUAAAGGAAAUCGACGUCCUCCGUCAGCUCGUAAACCAAGAGACCCUCAUCCGGGUAUCCGUAGUCAAUGACAUCAGAGCAGCAGUGAAUGACGUCAGCUCUGUUAAAAGAAGCUUGGAGGUCACUGAGACAACGGUCACCACUCUGCUGCAAACGAUAGCAACGCUAAAACGAGAGGUUGCAACCCUGAGGCAAGACGACUCUUUAUCGCAGAAGAUCGAAAAAUUAAAAAUGCAAAUCGAUACUUUAAAUCAAAACAACUCUUUACAGCAGACCGUGGAAGUUUUGAGAAGGCAGAUUGGUUCCCUUAGACAUGACAGAACUUUACAGAACUCGGUAGAUUCAUUGAAAAGAGAGAUUAACUCCCAAAAGCGGGAGGGCAGGGAAAAUGUAGAAAAUUGUCAGAAAAAGUUACAGGAAUUUGAUCAAAAGUUCAAAAUUCUCAGUGAAAAUAUAACGGCUAUCCAACAGUAUCUUACAAGGACGGAGGGGAAAACCAUAGAAAAAGGUUCAAAACUAACAAGGGAUUGUAGAGAUCACUAUCUACUUGGACACACACAGUCUGGAGUAUAUAACAUAAACCCUUUUGGUAACGAGACCAGAGUCAGCGUGUAUUGUGACAUGGUGACUGAUGGAGGAGGGUGGACAGCUAUCCAGAAACGUGUGAGUGGUUCAGUGUCAUUCGACAGAACCUGGACGGACUACAAGACGGGAUUCGGGAAUCCUAACGGAUCCUACUGGAUAGGAAAUGACGUUAUACAUCAACUUACUAAGGGAAGGAACUCCUCCCUCUACGUAUCUAUCACACUGACUAAUGGGACAAAGCUCUAUGAAUUAUACAACCAGUUCUCUGUUGCUGACGAAACCAACAAAUACAGACUUUUUCUUGGGGGACCAGCUACUGGGACCCUGGGUGACUCUAUGUUACACACUGGUGUUUCUUACUAUGUUCUGUCUGGGAUGUCCUUCUCCACCCCGGACAGAGAUAACGACAGGUAUAGUAGUGUUAACUGUGCUGCUGACAGUAUCCGUAGAGGAGGCUGGUGGUUUAACCACUGUCACUCCGCCUUCCUUAACGGUCAAUGGUCCCCGGGGUCCUGGUUCUGGCCAUGGUAUCCCACAGUGACUGAUAGUAAACAGAUAAAGGAGACUCUCAUGAUGCUGAAACCUACCUGACUUUUUAUAUCUUUAUAUCCAUACUUGUUCACGCAUGAUAUGAAAAGUUAUAUACUUUUAUUAUAGAUGAUGAAAACUUUAUUUUUAGACAUAAUAGUGGUUUCUACAGUAUAUACAAUGUAAUAAAUAUAUAAUGUUAUUAUGUGUAAUGAAUUUAUUGAAAAGUCCUUAUGUGUAUUAUGUUUAAGAUAGUGUUGUACAUGUAACAUUAAUUACUAAAAACAAGAAAAUCGCAUUAAAUAUUGUUACAUAAUAAAAGUUUU